CUUCUGUCGUCGCGCGCCUCUCAGACGAACGCGUCGCGUCGUCGCGUAAAUCCUUUCGUUUUUGAUCUCCUCCAACAUGACAAAAGGUUUGUGUUUUUUUUUUGAUUCCGUUUGGUUGAUUGGACUUUUGGACGCGUCUCAUUCAAAAUUUCUUUAUAAGCAAAGCCCCAGUCAGUUGUUCAUCAUCUUCUUUCCUAUCCUUCGUUUCAACCACUUGACACAUUUGAUUCGCACCAGGCAUCCUCGACACAUCUUGACGAUUGACGAGAGUGGUAGUGUUAUUUUCACUAGAAACGAUAUAUUUGCCUCCACUUACAGGAUUCUGGACCGUGGACGCGACUUGACUGACCCUCACACACUCAUUUCUUCUUUUUGACGACCUUCCUCCCAUCCCACUUCUCGCAUCAUGGUGAUGUUCGUGUACAAGCGUGAUGGGCGCAAAGAGCCUAUCGCGUUCGAUAAAGUGAGCCAAUGACCCCGAUGGUCGCGUUACCACAGACUGACUUACUGACGAUGAUCGUUCUUCGCUGGUAGAUCACU